AUGAUGACCACUCUUUUGUCCUCCUUACCUGGGCACCUGGUGAACCCCCAAGUCCCCCUGCCAUCAUCGUUGCUGCUUCUGCUGCUGAUACAACUGUUUAGUCAGUGCCCGGCUGCUCCCUCAGGGCCUGAGUCAGACACCUGCUCCACUCUGGUCCAGAGCCGAUUCUUCGGCCACUUCCUGUCCUCCUCCACUUUCCCCACGGCACCCUGCUCCUGGACCCUGCAGAACCCAGACCCGCGCCGCUACACCAUCUUUAUCAAGGUAACCAAACCUACCGCCACAACGGACUGCAUUCCCCGGCAGCUCCGCACAUUCCAGUUUGACUCGUUUCUGGAGACCACGCGCACCUACCUGGGGAUGGAGAGCUUCGACGAGGUGGUCAAGCUGUGUGAAUCUUCAUCCCCUGUGGCCUUUCUGGAGGCUGGGAAACAGUUCCUACAAAUGAGGAAAGGGCCGCCCCGGGCCGGCGUGACGGUCACCACCUCUAACCCUGGCGAAGAUGGGGAAUUUAAGACAGAGUACCUGGUGGUGGGGAAGCGUAACCCCAGCAUGGCAGCGUGUCAGAUGCUGUGCCAGUGGCUGGAGGACUGCCUGGCAUCCAGCACCUCUAACAGGCCCUGUGGUAUCAUGCAGACCCCCUGCCAGUGCUGGGAGCCCCCUCCUCCUCCACAGCUCAGCGAGGGGGAUGGAUGCUACAGGAACGGGUUCUAUCUGGAGAACUGCCUACCCAGCGCCAAUGAGAAGAGAUCUGGGCAUGGUAUUACCGGUGGCUGGAGUGUGUGGGCGGAGUGGGCGGAGUGCAGCAGUGACUGUGGUGGUGGUGUUCAGACCCGGAGCCGUACCUGUCAAUCUCCCCCAGAGGAGACAUACCUGUGUGAGGGAGUAGUGGAGGAGGGGAGGCCCUGUAACCCUCAGCCCUGCAGUGGCAAAGGCCGUCAUCUCACUCGCAGCCAAUCACUUCGCUCCGUGGACAGCCGCAAGCGCGAUGGCGGCGGUGGCGAGGUAGACAAGACACGAGGCGGUGGCGGCGGACAGCAGGCCCCACAGACAGUGGACCAGGCUGCGUCAGGUGAGGAGUGGUCGUCGUGGAGUGUGUGUUCGGCCACAUGCGGUGAGAGCUGGCAGAGCCGCACGCGUUUCUGUGUCUCCUCCUCCUACAGCACCCAGUGCAGCGGCCCGCUCCGAGAGCAGAGGCCCUGCAACAACUCUGCCGUCUGUCCAGUGCAUGGGACUUGGGAUGAGUGGUCGCCAUGGAGCUUGUGUUCGUCAACCUGCGGCCGUGGUUACCGGGAUCGCACACGCAGCUGCAAACCCCCUCAGUUUGGGGGAGACCCCUGUAUGGGGCCGGAGAAGCAGACCAAGUUCUGCAACAUCGCUGUCUGCCCAGGUGAGUCAGUUGAUGGGGUGUGGAAUGAGUGGGCUAAUUGGGGUUCAUGCUCUGCGUCCUGCUCCAACGGGACCAUGCAGCGGAUCAGGGAGUGUAACGGACCUUCGUACGGAGGAUCAGAGUGUCGCGGGGAGUGGAUAGAGACCAGAGACUGCUUCUUACGGGAGUGCCCAGUGGAGGGGAAGUGGCAUCCUUGGACGUCGUGGGUGGGCUGCACCAAGACAUGUGGUGGGGGGAGCCAACAGAGACAGAGGAUUUGCUAUGGGCCCUUCUUUGGGGGUGAAAAUUGUCCUGGAGAUCGAGAGGAGGUGCGACACUGCAAUGAGAAGCGGUGUCCAGAACCUCAUGAGAUCUGUGCAGAGGAGAACUUCUCCAACGUAGUGUGGAAAAUGACUCCAGCAGGGGACACAGCGGCCGUACGCUGCCCUCCCAAUGCCAAUGGGCUGAUCCUGAGGCGGUGCACUCUGGAUGAUGAGGGAAUAGCCUACUGGGAGAACCCCACUUAUAUGAAGUGUAUCUCCAAUGACUACCGCAGCAUCCAAACACUGACUAGGGAACACCUGUCCAAGGCCCAGCGGGGGCUUGUGGGGGAUGGAGUUUCAGAGGUGAUGACCAAGCUCAGGGUGACGUCCAGCGAUGGGACCAGCUACAGUGGAGACUUGCUGGCCAUAGUGGACGUACUGAAGAACAUGACAGAGAUCUUCAGAAGGGCUUACAACAGCCCCAGCAAUGCAGACAUGAGAAACUUUGUCCAGUCAGUCAGUAACCUGCUGAUGGAGGAGAACAGAGAGAGAUGGGAAGAAGCACAACUGUUGGGUCCUAACAUCAAGGAGCUGUUCCGGUUGGUGGAAGACUUUGUGGACGUCUACGGUCUUAGGAUGAAAGACUUCCAGGACAUGGUCGAGGUCACGGAUAACUUAGUUCUGUCCAUCCAUAAGCGUCCGGUGGCGGGUAAUGCAGACAUCAGCUUCCCUAUGAAGGGCUGGAAGGGGAUGAUGGACUGGGCCCGCAGCUCUGAGGACAGAGUUACUGUUUCCAAGAACAUCCUCUCCACAGGAAAGCCAGAUACAGAUGACUUGUCAGCGUUUGUCACCGGGAUCGUUCUCUACAGAAACCUGGGCAGCAUCCUAUCUCUACAGAGAAACAGCACCGUGCUCAACUCCAAGGUGGUGUCUGUGACCAUCAAGCCCACCCCAGGAUCCCUCUCUACCCCGGUGGAGGUCCAGUUCUCACACCUUUACAACGGCACCACAAACCAGACCUGCAUCUCCUGGGACGAGAGUGACAGGCCUACAAGCAAGAUCUCAUCGCUGCUUGGAUCGUGGUCUGCCAGGGGCUGCAGAGCCGUGCCUGUCGACUCAUUGAGAACCAAAUGCGUGUGUGACAGACUCUCUACCUUCGCCAUUUUAGCCCGGCUAAAUCCUGACAUGAACAUGGAUAAAAUGCAGCUUCCCUCUGUGACGCUGAUGGUGGGCUGUGGAGUCUCCUCUCUCACCUUGCUGCUCCUCAUCAUCAUCUAUGUGUCGGUCUGGAGGUACAUUCGCUCUGAGCGCUCCGUCAUCCUCAUCAACUUCUGCCUCUCCAUCAUCUCCUCCAACGCCCUCAUCCUCAUUGGUCAGACACAGACACAGAACAAGGUGAUCUGCACGCUGGUCGCUGCUUUCCUGCAUUUCUUCUUCCUGUCGUCGUUCUGUUGGGUUCUGACAGAGGCGUGGCAGUCGUACAUGGCCGUGACUGGCCGGCUGAGGAACCGCAUCAUCCGCAAGCGAUUCCUGUGUCUGGGCUGGGGUCUACCUGCUCUGGUUGUGGCAGUCUCUGUGGGUUUCACCAAAGCUAAGGGAUAUGGCACCGUCAACUACUGCUGGCUGUCUCUGGAAGGUGGUCUGCUUUAUGCGUUUGUGGGACCGGCUGCCGCUGUAGUUUUGGUUAACAUGGUUAUCGGGAUUCUCGUAUUUAACAAACUGGUGUCCAAAGACGGCAUUACUGAUAUGAAACUGAAGGAGAGGGCAGGGGCGUCGCUGUGGAGCUCCUGUGUGGUUCUGCCUCUCCUGGCCCUCACCUGGAUGUCUGCUGUCCUGGCCAUCACCGACCGACGCUCCUCCCUCUUCCAGAUCCUGUUCGCUGUGUUUGAUUCGCUGGAAGGCUUCGUCAUCGUCAUGGUGCAUUGCAUCCUGCGCAGAGAGGUUCAAGAGGCAGUGAAGUGUCGGGUAGUGGACCGCCAGGAGGACGGGAAUGGAGACUCAGGGGGAUCUUUCCAGAACGGACACGCUCAGCUUAUGACUGAUUUCGAGAAAGACGUCGACAUGGCUUGCAGAGGAGGUACUCUGAAGCGUUCCUCUCUCCAGGGUGAUGAGAAGCCAUCCUCCCAGCCCCUGACCCUUCAGAAGGGCUCUAACUUUAACACCAUGCCUGCCAGCAUGGCCAAAGUCCACCUCCAGAAUGUGGCAGACUACCCCAGUCAUACCCUCACCCUGCGCAGGGAGAAGGGUGGCGCCACCAAGGGCAUCAGCACCGAGCUGCCGGGAGCCAAGUCCAUCUACAUCUGUGACGGGGAGCUCUUUAAACAGCUGGACGGGGAGCUGUCUCCACGGGGGACAGGGGAGGCCGGGGGGCCUGAGGGCACAGGACCAGGGUACAUCAUCCUGCCUAACAACAACAACACUGGCACCCUGGGGCGGCCCGGAAAGGGCAGCAAGGAGGACACGACGGCCAAGUACAACAUCAGCAUCGAGCAGCAGAUGCCCCAGACCAGGCUCAUCCACCUGGCCAACUCGGCGGGGAUGGAGGGCGUCCCGGGUUUCGCGCUGAAGAGCCUGCCUGCGGACCUGGUCAGUGUCUCCUGCUCGGAGAGGGAGUCGCCCGUCCACAACAUGCAGAACGUCUCCGGAGAAUCCCACAUGACCAACAGCAUGUGUGAACAGGGUGAUUCUGGGAACUCUGGAAUGAUGUCCAUGAGCGAGACCGUGUCCACUCUCUCCAUGAGCUCGCUGGAGAGACGAAAAUCUCGCUAUGCGGAGCUGGACUUUGAGAAGAUCAUGCACACACGGAAGCGUCACCAGGACAUGUUCCAGGACCUGAACAGGAAGAUCCACAGUGCAGACCAGGACAGGGCGUCUCCGCCUGGCGAUGGGAAGGCAGGGAAGAGGUGGAGUGUGUCCUCAGCAGGCAGCGACAAGACCAUCAUGAGCGACAAGCAGCAGACACCCAGUAAGAGAGCCUGGGAGGGCAUCAGGAAGACCCAAUCUCCCCCGUCAUGGAUGAGGAAGGACCUGGAGCCCUUGGCGGCCUCUCCCCUGGAGCUGCAGAACGUGGAGUGGGAGAAGGCCAGCGCCACCAUCCCUCUGGUGGGACAGGAGAUCAUGGACCUGCAGACAGAGGUGUGAGACUGAGACAGAGAGACAGACGGAGAGAGAGCAGCCAACCCCGUCCCCCAGCCCAGCUCUCAGACAGACAGACAGACACCUUCCCUUCCCGCAGCUCCACGUCUCAAUCUCACUCUGAGAACCAACGACCAAACGAUCAAUGACCAACGAAACGGGCAGGGGUGAGAGAGAGAGAGAGAGCGAGAAGCUCCUUUAUGUUGGGACCCAACUAAGAGAGAGAGAAAAGGGGAAGACAUACAGAGAGAGAGAGAGAACAAUUGUCUGUUAAAUGGGGGGGAAAGAGAACAGGUUUGCAGUGCAUUUUGUUAUAUUUUCUUAUUGCUGCUGGAAUCAGUUUUUUGUUUACUAUGUCAGAAAGUCAUAUAUCCGGUCUGUUAUUAUCCACAUUAUUACUUCACUGGGCACAUGCUUGAGUCCCUCUCUCCUCCUGGUAGAUCUUUGUGGAUGGUUAGCCAGUUUGGCAGUUGGGUGGUGUAGGUAGUGUAGAUUAAAAGGACAGACUGCAACUGCCUAUGGACUCUUCACCAGCCUGCUAACAGAUCACCUGGACCAGCCACACAGUUCAUGUUCCAACCAAGCCUUUAGGCAAUGGACCUGGUCUGGACAAGACCUUCACCCAACAUACAGUACAUGUCCCAAACACGCCUAGGCAGUGGAGGAGGCAGACUGCUGGACCAUAACCAUGUGCCUCUCCAUGCCAACGAAUAGCCCCGUCCCCCCACCCUCCACUGCACUGUCAGACAGAGUCCACACCCCCUUGACAGGAAGGGAGCAGACCGAUGACAUCAGUCAGCCAAAAGGGUGGAAAACCCUUCCAUUGGUGGGUGCCAUAGUGACAUCAGCAUAGACCAACAAGGAUGAGAUAUCUCAUUUGCGGAUGCCCUUAAUGACACCACUGAAAGCCAAGAUGGCCAUAUAUCAUUGGUGGAAGCCUCUAUGACCUCAGCAGAAGCCAAGGAGACACUGUUUUGAUUGGUUGACUGAUUGCUUGAUGUACGAGCAGGCUUGGUACAUUUGUGGCAAAUUGAAUUCUGCUUGUUCGGCAAAUGCAGGUGGUAAAAAAUGAAGGAUACUCAUGUCACAAAGUAUAUAAAGAAUUAUGCUUAAUAUUGACAAGGAAAAUGAAUAAAUAUAAAAAUAUAUAUGAUAAAUACUGUAUAGGACAUUACAGAGGUUGUGACUCGGCAGUAUGGGGUACGGAUUAGUUGCACACAGAGAAAGCACAAGGCUCUUUUGGAGUCCUGUUGUACAGCAAUGUAAUUAUUUCAACAGAGUUCUACAGAAUGAAUUUUAGCCUAUAAAUAUCUUUCUUACUGUGCUUGGGGAUUAUUGUUCUCAUUAUUAUAAUUAUGACCAUGAUUAUUCAGAUUACAUCUGCGUCCGAAAUGGCACCCUAUUCCCUAUAUAGUGCACUGCUUUUGACCAGGUCAAAUGGCAGGAAUU